GACGAACAUGCGAUACCUUGGUGGUUCCCGAUGGUUCCGCGGGUCGGUACUUUUUAAAUUAAAGCGUUUUUACCACGUUUAUUUGUCGUAGUUUAUCUCUAAAGUGUAUGUUUUUAUUUAGACGGCAACGAUUUUCUCAUCGUUUGCAUAUAGAUUUAUAAUUCACAAAUCCCUGUGGAACUUUCAGUUCUAUCGAAUGAAAUAUAAAUCAUCGAAAUGAACUUGUUACCGAAGUCACACGAAGAAUUCAAUAAGGUUGAGUACUGGAACACGUUCUUUCGAAAGCGAGGGAAAAAGAGUUUUGACUGGUAUGGAGAGUACCCAGAACUUUGUGGGUACCUAUCAAAGUAUGCGAAGACCAAAGAUUUGAUACUCGUGGUAGGAUGUGGCAGUUCUACACUGAGUGCAGAUCUUUACGAUGUUGGUUACAGGAAUAUAACAAAUAUCGACAUUUCAGAGGUUGUCAUUAAGAAAAUGCAAAAGAUUAAUGAGAGUGCCAGACCAUCUUUAAGGUUUGAGCAUAUGGAUGCAACAUGUAUGACUUAUCCAAAUGAGAGGUUCAGUGUCGUCCUGGACAAAGGUACCUUGGAUGCUUUAAUGCCAAGUAGUAAUGUGGAGGCAACCGAUACAGUUGAUAAAUUCUUUGGUGAGAUUUCUAGAGUUUUGCGUAACGGAGGUCGAUACAUCUGCGUGUCUCUACUGCAGGAGCACGUUUUGAAGAAGCUUCUCUCUUAUUUUCCAUCCUCAGGAUUCUUGUUUCGAAUACUGCGAUGUCACGAGGCUGAAGAGAAAGCACGCAAAGAAGAAAAUGGUUCCAUGCCCGUAUUCAUAGUUGUUGCCACCAAAUUCCUUAAUUUACCAAAACAGGUCCUUGAAAUAUCUCUUGCUGGAACUGUAACAGAAAGAGUCAACACUAUCGAAGACAUUGAAGCUGCUGUGGCGACUGCUCAAAUGUCAGCCCUCGUUUGCAACAGUCUCUUCAAGGGUACGACUACUAACCUCGGUGAGAUCGCGUUGGAUUUGUAUCGGCCCACAGAAAAAGUUCCUCGCUAUACCCUCUACAUUUUGGACAAAGUUCGCCCCAAAGGUAGCAAGACCUAUGCGGCUUUCAUUGUUCCUCGAGGAAGAGAUCCGGAAUGGUUGUUUAGCACAAAAGAGGGAAGACAACAAUUACUCGAUACGGUACAACGAGACCGUUUAGUGAUAAUAAUUCAGCGUAGAGAGUGUACAUUCGAAGGUAUCGAUGCAGUCAAGAGGGAGCUCGAAGGUUCCGUACGCAAUUUUGCUCCGGCAGGCCUUGGAGCGAACGUGCAGAUUCCAUACAUAUCCUUGGGAGAUGAUACAAGCUCACAAAAGAUUCUCUACGAGGGUAAAAGCGAGAUCAGUGGGCCUGUUGUAGUGGAAGACGUCGAUGACGGAAAAGGCAGUGUAUCCCGGAGGCUAAUCUUCCUGAACAACCAAUUUGUAAUACAAAGCGAAGCCAGAUUGAAAACAACAAAAUCUAGGCGUGGCAAAUUGAAAACCGUGAUCGAUCCAAUGUUCCUGAGCUGUGAACAUCAUAUUAAUAUGAGCGUUGCCGCUAGUUUAGAAAUCCAUCGCAGCAAAGAUUGCGAAAUUCUUAUCAUGGGUCUUGGUGGAGGAGGACUUUGUACGUUCUUACACAGGUGCUUCCCACAUAUUAAGCUGGUCGCAGUGGACAUCGACGAGCUUAUGCUACACGUUGCAACGGACUAUUUUGGUCUUGUCCAAAAUGAGAAAUUACGAGUGGUAAUCUCAGAUGGCAUAGAGUUUUUAAAGCAGGCAGCUAACGAAGACAAAAAGUUCACGGCAAUUCUCUUUGAUGUAAAUGGUAAAGACAACAGUUUGGGUAUGAGUUGUCCUCCGAAAGAAUUUCUGGAGGAUUCUACGCUUCAAUUGGUCCAGGAGUGCCUCGCUACGAAUGGGGUGUUUGUACUAAAUCUUGCGUGUCGAGACGAAAACUUAGCGCAAAAUGUAUUGGAAAAAUUAAGAAAGAUAUUUCGUGCGGUGAUGUCGUGGGGUCUACAAGGUGCAUUUAACCGCGUAGUCCUGUGUUGGUGCAACCCUAAUGGUACAAAGGACUUAAGUAAAAGACUUCAAAAUGCAGUACGAUAUCUAAAUAAUAAAUUUGACAGCUCCGUCGACAAAUCGACUGGUUCGAAAGAGACCGUGGUAAACGCCUCUUCGCUUAUCGAUGAACUCACUAUCCAUCGUAACGAUUCAAAUGCUGAUUAAAAGAUUAUACUCAUUAAAGGCAUUCAAGGAACGCAUGGCUAAUUAUACCACAGCUUACCCUUUGUCAUAAAACGCUGAAAAAUGCAAAGAGAAGAGAUUCCUUACGGUAUUCUAAACAAUAUUCAUGCUACUACAUCCUAUUUUAUCUGUCCAUUAUUUGUAUUUUUAUUUUCUAACUUUUUCAUUGUUAUGACGACAAAUAAUCAAUAAUCUGUAAUUAACGGAACAAUAUUACAGAAGAUGUAUUAAUUGUUUUCAUAUAUUUUAUAUGCUUAGUAGGUGCAUUCUCGGAAUUAUUCUCCCUGCUAAUACAAGUUUAUUCAAUAUAUACAGUUCAUUGCUAAAUGGUCUUCAUAAAGUGAUUCCAUUCGUAACAAUCCGUUCACGGUUCCCGAUGUCUGCGAAGAUGGAUACAAUUUAUUUAUAUGAUUAAUUAUAUAAAAUUCAGAAGCUAAAUGUGAUUUAAACAAGCCACUUUUAUAGUAUUUCUAACAGUCGUAAUUUCGUUCUUAUGAUUAUUAUUUCGAUUCGGAAAACCGGAGCCCAAUAAAGAGAAUUUUUCGAAGGUA